CCACUGGAGUGGGAUGGGAGGAAAGCAUUUCUCUCUUUUUUUGGACAUUGAAGAUUGAGACUCAUUUGGAGCUGCUCCCUCACUUUUUGUUCUCUCUCUGUCUCUCUCCCCCUCCCUCUCUCUUUCUCUGUGGCUAUUUAGGGGUCAAUGUUUGUGUCUGUUCACUUACUAGCACUGGGGCCAGGGAAAGUUUAGAGGAAACAGGGACCUGCGGGGAGAAAAUCAGGACUUUAUCAAGAAUAAUAAGAACCAAAGCACAGACAAAAUACAUCUAAAUUAAGAAGAAGAGAACACAAGGGCUUCCUCUCCUUUUUCUGCUUGGAACCAUGUGCAUCCAUACCUCAAGUGAGUGAUUGAAGUGGGGGGGGGGAGGCACUUUUAUCACAACACCUCGGCACAGGUGCUACUACCUGGGCAUUAAGGUGUGGGGAGCACCAUGAGGAAAAUCCUGUUGGGUUGGGGGCUGAUGCUGACGGCUGGGGUAAUGGGGGCUAGCGUAGUGGGUGCUAGUGGAGGAGGAGGAGGUGGUAGAGGGCAGAGGCGCAGAGGAGAAAAGCGCAGAGGGCUCCAUCGUGUCCAGCACGGCCACUGCAGCUACACCUUCAUCCUACCAGAGAUGGAGCGCUGUCAGGCCAGCCCAGUCCAAUAUGGCAGCACCAACAUGGUUCAAAGGGACAAACCACCCCCUGCAGAGAGUGACUGGUCUGCACAGAAAUUGCAGCACCUGGAGACGGCCAUGGAGAACAACACGCAGUGGCUGCAGAAGCUAGAAAAGUAUAUCCAGGAAAACAUCAAGAUGGAGAUGGUGCAUAUUCAAGACCAUCCAGUACACAACCAGACUGCUUCCAUGCUGGAAAUCGGAACUAACCUGUUGACUCAGACUGCAGAACAGACCCACAAGUUAAACGUUGUCGAGGCUAAGGUUAUGAACCAGACAUCAAGAAUUGAGAUCAAGUUGUUGGAGAACUCAUUAUCUACAAACAAACUGGAGAAGGAAUUAUUGGUACAGACUUCUAAAAUCACUAAACUGCAAGACAAGAACAGUCAUUUGGAGAACAAGGUGCAGGUGUUGGAGUCACAGCAGCGGGACGAGCUGGAGGACAUGAGGGAGGAGAGGAAUAGGCUACAAGGACUGGUGAGGACCCAGACGACAGCCAUCGAGGCUCUAGAGAGGCAGCUGAGGGUGGCCAGCACCAACAACUCAGCCCUGCAAAGGCAGCAUCAGCAGCUCAUGGAGUCGGUCCACACACUCAUCAACAUGGUGUCUACCGGUACAGGGAUAUUGCUGAGAGCCCAGAGGUUUUGUGAUUGUGCAGAAGCCUAUAAAGCAGGACACAACAUCAGUGGAGUCUACUACAUAUACAUCAGCAACAUGACAGAACCCACCCAGGUGUUUUGUGACAUGGAGACUAGUGGUGGAGGCUGGACAUUGUUCCAGCGCAGGGUCAACGGCAGUGUGGACUUCCAGAGAACUUGGAAGGAAUACAAAAUGGGUUUUGGGGACCCUGCGGGAGAGCACUGGCUUGGGAAUGAGCUGGCAUUUCAGAUGACCAGUCAGACCCAGUAUGCCCUGAGAGUGGAGCUGAGAGACUGGGAGGGGAACACACCCUACUCCCACUACGACAAGUUCCAACUGGCCAGUGAGAAACAACAAUACAGGCUGUUCCUGUGGGGCUACAGUGGAACAGCAGGAGAGCAGAGCAGCCUGGUAUCGCAUGGCACCAGCUUCAGCACCCGCGACGCCGACAACGACAACUGCCUGUGCAAGUGUGCCCUCAUGCUGACUGGGGGUUGGUGGUUUGACGCUUGUGGCUUGUCCAACCUCAACGGCAUUUACUACACCGUGGGCCACAACAUCCGCAAGCUGAACGGCAUAAAGUGGCAUCACUUUCGGGGACCGAGUUAUUCACUUAGUUCGACAGCAAUGAUGAUCCGACCAUCCGACUUCUAAGACCGGACAGUCAUUUGGAGAGGGGAAGGGCUGUGAAUGGGAAAGGGACAGUCAUUUGGAGAGGGGAAGGGCUGUGAAUGGGAAAGGGACAGUCAUUUGGAGAGGGGAAGGGCUGUGAAUGGGAAAGGGACAGUCAUUUAGAGAGGGGAAGGGCUGUGAAUGGGAAAGGGACAGUCAUUUGGAGAGGGGAAGGGCUGUGAAUGGGAAAGGGACAGUCAUUUGGAGAGGGGAAGGGCUGUGAAUGGGAAAGGGACAGACAUUUGGAGAGGGGAAGGGCUGUGAAUGGGAAAGAGACAGUCAUUUGGAGAGGGGAAGGGCUGUGAAUGGGAAAGGGACAUACAUUUCUUUGCCUCAUUGUCUCCAGGACAAAGGCAGGUGUAAAUUUAAGUUUUUAAUAGCAAACAAUCAAUCAGCCACCGGAUGACUGGGUGUCAUUUAGUACAAGCGAAAACGUUGGGAGUCAGCAGAAGAGACCAGACUGAUAGUCUUCGUCUCUUGGCACCUUUAUGCAGUGUAGAUCUGGCCUUAGCUCUUUUUAAUAUAUACUAUAAGGUGCCAGAUUCUCGGUCCUCUGAUGUCUUGCUUUACCACAAUGUGCUAGUGAUGUCAAAAAUACAAAAAUACAAAAAUCUACACAGCUCCCUCACACCCUCAGUGUUUAUUCCAGAACAUUCUGAAGCUGUCAUCAUCAAGACAACAAUAAAUGAAUAUAUAGGAAUGUCUCAUAUCCAUGAGCCAAGAGGACUAUUUUAAAUUAACCACAGAUAAAGACACCAAGACAAAGAAAUGGAGGACAUUUUGGCCAGAAUGUGCCAGAAUAUUUUAUGAUUGACAAGAUGUAAUAUCGACAGGUCAUACUGUGAGGCCUGCUUAUGAAAUAUUUCAACGUUCCUACUUUUUUUUUUGCAAAAUUGUAUUUGCGUACUGUAAAUGUGAGCUAAACUUUGAAAUAAUUGUUUUGCAUAACUGGAUUGUAUGUUUAAAUUUUGGAUUUAUUGCUCUGCCAUUUCGUGUGAAUCUGUUAAUAUUUCUCUAAGCUUGUUUUUUCUAUUAAGGAUAUCUCUACAUUCCUUUUUUAUGUACUUUUCUCUAUAUGCGCAUUCUGACCUUGAAUUUAAGCAUGAGUAUAGAAUGCUAUUCACCCACUAUUAGUUUGGGGUGGAGAUGGAAUAAAUGAAGGUGUGGCGGAGGUGUGUCUACAGAUA